AUGAUUUUGGAUGCUUGCAUCUGUGGGCGCUCUAGCGGACACAGUGGCAGAGGGAGACAGAGAGGCUGCAUGCGUCAUAGUAGUAGCAGUCGUAGUAGAAGUAGUGACGAAGAGGUGGAAUGCGAACCACUGGAGGCACCAGGGAAUGGCUCCUUGCAAUUGAUAAAUGGUGAAAGCUCCAUCGGUACCGUCGCUAUUUAUUCCUGCGAAGAAGGGUAUGUAUUAAAUGGAAACGCGACAAGAGUGUGCCUACCAUUAGACAGUCAACGUAAAGUUAUUGGAGCAGAGUGGAGUGAUGAUGAACCCACUUGUAAUCCUGUAGAUUGCGGUAUUCCUACAAGAACAAGUGAUUUCCUUAAUAUUACAUACACUACCACAACAUUUGGUUCAAACGCUACCUUCAGUUGCCCUGCAUGUGGAAGAAGAUUACUCGAAGGGGACCCUAUCACAUGUCUGCCAAGUGGAGAAUGGAGUUGUAGUGCAGCAAGGUGCGGUGGAAUUGGAGUGGAAUGGAAGCCGUCCCUAGGCAGAACUUGCACCAGCUUGGAUGUAGGCGGCCAAACAUGGCUAGUGACGGGGAUUGAAAGCCUUGUUGAUUGUCAACGUGUUUGUGUUGUGUAUGACGGGUUUGAAUGCAAAUCUAUCGAGUGGGGUAGAAACAAUACAGCAGGGGGGAAUCUUGGCGUAGCGUUGGAUUGUGUAUUGCAGGACUUUCUCAUGUCAGAUCAAGGUGUUAUGACAGACAGUAAUUGUAUAGCUAGGGUCUACCGAGAAAUUUCCUGCGAUUGAGAUGUACCACGUGGCAGUUGAUAGGCGUGAACAACAAAAAAAGAAAACAAUAUAACCAUUGACUGAUUCCAUUUGAUUUGUGAUACGUUUUUCGAAUGAAAUAAAUAGUAUGAUGUAUUCU